AUGCGGCAGCACGAGGCUGAUAGGGAUGAAGGGAACAAAGGCAGGACUCCCCUGUACCUGGCAGCUAAGGAUGGUCAUCAUAAAACUGUAUCAGCUUUACUGGCAGCUGGUGCAGAUCUGAACACACUGGAUGAGUUCGGCAGCACUCCCCUGCACCUGGCAGCUGAGAAUGGCCACCCUGAAACUGUAUCAGCUUUACUGACAGCUGGUGCAGAUGUGAACACACAUGACGAAUGUGACUGGACUCCCCUGCACAGGGCAGCUAAGAAUGGCCAUCAUGAAACUGUGUCAGUUUUACUGGCAGCUGGUGCAUAUGUAAUUGACCCAUUGGACCCGUGGCGAAACACUCCGCUGCACCUGGCAGCCCAGAACGGCCACCAUGAAAUUGUGUCAGUUUUCCUGGCAGCUGGUGCAGAUGUGAACACACUAGAUAACACAGACAGGACUCCCCUGCACCCAGCAGCUGAGAAUGGCCACCUUGAAACUGUAUCAGUUUUACUGACAGCUGGAGCAGAUGUGAACAUACUGGAUGGAUCGGUAGGCUAG